GCGCCAGUCGGGCCUACUGCGCCGUCGAUACUACACGUGUCACACGUAUCGUCCAACCUCGCUCGCGCACGCGCGCUCGCGAUCGCGAUCCUACCCAAACAUAAAAAAAAAACACAACCACCCACAUUGUGAACAAAUGACAGUGACGUUUCGGGGGGAACGGUGACAAUAACACGCAGAAUUUAAUUAUGUUUAAAUGAUAAUAAAAGAGAUCUACCAAAAAAAAUUCUAGUGUGAACUGGUGAAGCGAUCGAUUUGUCGCAGUGUUGUGAAUUUUAUGAAAUGUUAAAGCCCCCGGGUGGUUAGCGCGAUGAUGCGCAAGGAAGCCGGGGCCGCCGGCGGCGGCGCGGUGUUCUCCUUGGACGCCGCCGAGUGCAUCACCCUGCAGCAGAUCCUGCAGGCGUUCAACUCCACGAUCAGCGAGGAGCACGCCUGGGCUCUGUUCUACCAGGCCGCGAGGUGCUUCCAGAAGUGUUUGGCGGAAGGUUCCACUUGCUACUUGGCGACGGAGCCAAGGCACGUCCUGUUGCAUAAGGACGGUAGCGUGCAUCCGAGCACCCUACUGCAUCCAGGAGAUGACAUCACAAGGGAAGAAGUUACAUCAGAAACUAAGUUGGUGGUAAACCUGGCCAUUGUGAUCUACCGCGCGCUGGACUACACGCACUCUGAGGAUGAAGAGCGUCUCAUAUCUCCGGACCUAGAGGGUCUCAUCACGGAGAUGACCGGCUGCGAUGAAGCAGACGAAGACGAGGAACUCGGCGUGUUGUCUGAAGGCUCUGAGACGUCGGAAUGCGGGCGCGCAGACACCGACGAUGAGGGCAUCGAGCGGGACGCUGAGCCAGCGCCGCGGCGCAGGCGUCGGCGAAGGCGAUUCUCUCUCAAGGAUGUUGUUGAGCGCUGCGUAUGGCACUGCGGCGGCGGCGGGCGAUGCGCACGCGACGCUGCCGCGGCGCAUUACCGCGCUGUGUGCCGCGCGCUGGUCGCCGAGGCCCUGGAGCUGGCUUCCUUCCUCGCCAGAGUGCGCGUCGGCGGCGCCCGCGACCUGGGCGCAGCUGAGGAGAGCGUCACGCAUUUAGACACGCUACAGUUUUCCGAUUGGUCUAACCGCCGGAUCUGGAGGGCCUUACAAGCGCGGUUUUGGAUGCAAGUUAUUGGUGAAUUGAGAAUGGGAGUGAAAUUAAAGAAAGUGAAUUACUCCAGGACGCCCAUUGAAUAUGAACUGACUCCCUAUGAAAUUCUGAUGGACGACAUUAGGUCAAGAAGGUAUACGCUGAGGAAAGUAGAUGGUGUAAUACCACAAAGUGUUAAGAAAGACGCACACGCCAUGAUACUCGAAUUUAUUAGAAGUAGACCUCCGCUCAAAAAGGCAUCAGAACGCAAACUCCCACCAGCACGACGAGAGGCGACUCCUCGGGAACAACUCCUGGCGUCCAUCCAGGUCGGCAGGCAACUGCGGCCCACACCCUACUCGAGGAGGUUAUCGACGAGCGGAUCGGGGAGCGGGCCGGGCGGGGGCGAUGCGCGGCGCGGGGGAGAUGUCACGCCGCACGCGCAGCCUCAGAGGAGGCUCAUCAAAGUUGACUUCGAUAAUCUUGAGGACGACGAGGAUGAAGAAGAUACAGAAACAUGUGCCAGCCCUGAAGUCCUCGCGCCCCAACCCUUCCCAAGGCAUACAGCGCCACAACAAGCCCCCAAACCCUGGAAAAGAACUGAAGAGGCCCCCCGAGCCCCGCCUCGCACCAGGAUAUCACACGACGAAUACCACCAAUUCUGCGACGAGACCCUCGAAUCUUACGACUUAGCCACCCAGUGUCCAUCCCGGCGAGCCUCUAUGAGGAGGCACACAGUUACGCACGCGGCCUGCCCGCCCACCGACGGCGCUCAUUCAUUGCCACACUCCAGGCCAGGGUCCCGCGCGUCCUGCGCCGGCGCAGCGUCGCUCGCCAGCAGCGACGCCGACGCGCAACUCGGAGAACUGUCAUGGUCGAGGAGCUCACUGCAGGAUGAGCUCAUCAAGUCGGUUAGUGGCAGUCCCAACGGCUCGCAUAAACAAUGGCAAGACGCCAUAAUGUCUGACGAUCGGCUGUCGCUGACUUUGGAGGAGAUCGUUCACAUUAGGUCGGUGCUUACCAAGGCGGAGCUGGAGGUGUUGCCAGUCGAGGGCAGGGUUAAAGAAGACGUGGAGAAGAGACGGGUAUGCUUCCUAUGUUUGAAGACGAGAUUUGGAAUUUUCGGGCCUUGGGGCCAGAAAUGUAAAUUGUGCAAAAAGACUGUCUGUCAAAAGUGUUGUUCAAAGAUGCGUAUUCCAACGGAGCACUUCGCACAUGUGCCCGUGGUGCUGCUGAGCCCGUCGCUGCUGCCGUCGCCGGAGGACGAGGCGCAGUCGUCGUUCCCGAGGAGUCUCAUGUCAAGGCUGGUCUCGCCUGAACACUCGAGCGUGGUAGAGAACAGCGUGGGCAGCGCGCCGAGCAGCCCGGCGCCGGCGCGGCGCGCGGCGGGCGGCGCGCGCUCGGCGCCGGGCUCGCGCGGCGGCUCCGCGCUCGGCUUCGCGGACGCGCUCAGCGUGCCGCCGUCCGCCGCCGCUAUGUCGCGCAGUGUGGACGGGCCUGACAGCAUGCCUGUCGGCAAUCUCGUCGCGCCCUCGCCGUCUGCCACGCUCGAUAGGAGAGCGCGGUACGGGCGCAGCGCGACAGGCGUGUCGGCGGCGGAGCGGCUGCGCGGCGUGCAGAUGGCAGUGUGUCACGACUGCAAGGCGAUGGUGCUGCAGAUCAUCAAGUCCUCCCGCGCCGCGCGCUCUGCUACCCGCGACCGAGCGCUAAGGGAACUCACGCUUGACCUCGCGCCUGUUUACACUGCUGACUGCUAGACUCUGGGAUAGGCAAGGACUCACUAAUCAUUACGCUAAAAGCUGCAGCCUAGGACGGGAGCGCUGAAAUAUACCUACCUUCUCAAGUUUCAAGUCACAUGUUUCAACUAGACCAAAUUCAAAAUUGUUUAUUCUACUUAGGAUGAUAUACACUAAUAUGUACCUUGCAUCAAUAAGAUUUUAGUUGUGCUGGCUCCAGUAUUGUCUAUAGUUUCGUGGCAUUGUAUAGAUUCUAAUGUCGAGCCUGUAAGGCUGCCUGAGCUGGUUUUAAUAAAAUUCCCAUUUGAACACGGCACCGAUAUAACAUAAAGCGAAUAUUGUCUGGGUUGACGUCAUGACUCGGUUUGUUAUAAGAGAAUCGUGACAAUUUCCUGGUUCUAGAACAUUCCCGGCGCAAAUUCUUAUUAGAAGUGAAUUUUUCGCGAUGGGUUAUGACCGAACCUUUGUUAAAAAACUACAUUUACUUUUUUAUAAUGUUUACAAUUCAAAAUUUAUCAAAUCGACUCAUCAUGACGAUAAGAAAUUACCGUUUUUAGAAUAUCUAAGCCUUAUCUUGCCAUGCACAUUUAAAUCGUCAUUCCGUUCAUACAUUGCAAUGUAAUUAAAAUUCGAAUUAGACUAAUUUUCAUAUAUAUUAAACAAUAGCCACACAGUCAUAGGCUUGCUUGUAUAUAACGAACAUAUAAAAUUAUAUCCCCAUUAAUUAUAAAAUACACCAUAAAGCAACAAUAUUCAUUUCUGGAAAUAUAUAGGCAAUAAAUAUAUAGACGCGUGCCUGUAUUAUCAAUAGAAAUAUUUAUACACAAAGCCUUUAUAUAACCCAGGUGACAUUCACUGCGCUUUAUAUAGUCCUAGGGAAAUAGAUCUGAGAAGUUGAACUGAAAAAAGUACAUAACAUUAUAUAUAUAUCUACACCAUGUGUAGGAAAAGUCAUAAACUGAGAGCUUCCAAGGUUGUGUAGAAUCUAUGUUGUCUAUUCUUUUUGGUGGACCAUUAUGGCCUUUCUGUACAGAAAGGCCAGUCUGUACAGUCAUUGCCACACACUCUAAUUCGACUGCAAAAUAUCGGAUCAGUUUUUAUUACGAUAAGAAUACAGUCGUCAUUCUUAUGUUGCGGUGCUGACGUGCUAGAACUUGCAAGCUCUCAAUUAACGAAAAAGUAUAAAUUAUAUAAUUUUCCUAGAAUGGGUGUGAAGUGGCACACUGUGCGAAGAGUCUUUUUAAAUUAGACAAAUUAACUUUUUGACAAUACCUAAUGACCUUUGACAGACGUAAAAUAAACUAUUUAUAGGUACAGAUCGUCAUAGGAACAGACAUGAAACCAAGAUUCACUUUAUUUUAUAUACAAUUUUUUCGCGAUCAUAUUAUUUGGUGAAUUAUUUAAUAUUAGAAAAUGAAAAAUCUACUCCAACUAUUCAAUCUUUUCCUAUGAUAAAAUACCUAUUUACUUAAAUUAUUAAUUUCAUAUUGUUUGUCGCACAAAACAUUGAUUUUUUUUACAAUAAUUAAGUCAUUAUUACAUUAAUAACUUACAAUGUUAAUAUAAAAAAAUAUUCACUCUAUAAAAAUAUAUAAUUAAUGAUAUAUUCCACUAAAUUAAAUAAGUAAUAUUUUUUCUGGUGUUGUAAUAAAUGUAUUUAUAUUUUUCCGAAUGAUAGAAUGUUUUAAUAUGUCUACAAUUUGAAUGUGAAUCAAAAUAUCUGUGUUCAAAAACUAUGAUGAGCUAUGAAUGUUAUUGUGUAAAGAAAAAUUAUAUAUUGAAUGUUAUAUUUACAUAUAUAAUUCGAGUAGAUUCUGUAUUUAUCUAACUAUAAAACUUCAAACUUGUAGCGUACCCUCUCUUACUCAUAUUUUGAUAAUUAAAAUCUUUUUUAAUUAGAUACUCAUCAUCAAUACGAUUUGCAAUGCAUAAUGAUAAAAUUGCACAUAUUUAUUAAUCAUAUUCAUAUUGACUAAAUCUCGGCAAAUAGGUACAUAAAUAUACUCAGCGUAUACUUCACUGAAUUCAUCAACUAACUUUUUAAUUUAAUUUUUUACUAAUUUCAUAAACAAAGGCAUUCAUUUCUGUUAGUCAGCCAAUUUACAGAUAAGUUCCUGUGCCAUACAUUUAAGUGGAUUACAGUUGUGCAUGCAUGGUAUCUUAAUGUUUUAUCGUCGACAUUAUUGUGUGUAUGAAAUCAACAAAAAAAUCACAGAAAUAACUAGCAAAAAAAAGAUUUUGGUUUACCUAAGUACUUACUUAUUAAAAUAUUUUUCAACAAAAAAAAAAAACGAAAUUGCAAUUAUUUGUUGAAAAAUAUUUAUUUUUUUUGUCAAAUAAGUUACAACUUAGUGCGUACUUAUUAUUUAUUUUUGGCAGAGUUUAUUUACUAAUUGAAUUACUUAAAACAUGCAUUUAUCGGUAUGUACUUAUAAUGAUUGGCAAUCGGCACAUCUUGGUGGCGAAAUAAUCUCAAAAUAUUUUUUUUGUACAUAAACUAUGCAACCAAAUACAAAUAAAUCAAAUUCAACAACUAAGCUAUACUUAGUAGGUACCUAUUUUAAAGAAAAAGUCGACAAAUUGUGCCGAUUUCUAUCAAAGCCAAGUCUGUUUGAUUGGAGAAUACUUAUUUAGAUGAUUGCUUCACCCUAGACUAUCUUAUUGUGUAAAUUAUUUUGCCAAAUAUGUAGAGACUUCCCUUCGUUUCCAUGUAAAUAAUACUAAGAUCCAUCGUCAUUUAUUCCUAAUUAGUUAUAAGUGUAAGUUUAAUAUGAGAAGUAAUAUUCAUUAAUUUACAUAAUUUCUGGUGGAGUUCAAAUGCUUGUUUCCCUCCGUUAUAUUAGUUAAGUUACUUGUAUCUAAAUAAUAUUUGCAUAUCAUUUUGAUUCUAGCAGCAAAUUAAAUAACUAUUUGGGCCUAAAUUAGUUACCGACUGUACUUAUAUAUUUCAAAAAUGUAAUUCCGGCGUUUAUUUCUUAAGAAAAUACAUUAAAUUGUAAAAGUUGGAAAAUCCCAGUUAAAACUUUUUUGUAAAUGUGUGUAAAUUUUAGUAGUCUAUAUUAGAUGUUACGUAGAUUAUCUAAAGCAUACCUAAUUGAAAACAAAAUAAAAAUAACGAGAAAAGAGCAUUACAAAUCGUUA